CUACCCAUAUUUCUGUGUCUCUCUCUAUCCUAACAUCGAACCCCAAUUCCCAACUAUGAAUAUCACCACCCCAACACCCCCCCCCCCCAACUAUAUCAAACUCAACCCAUUUUUAUAUACUCUCUGAAUAUGUAACCUUAUAACCCUCUCUUCUAUCAGCACCCCAAAAAAAUGAAGAUUCAGUGCGACGUGUGUAACAAAGAGGAGGCCACUGUCUUCUGCACCGCAGACGAAGCCGCCCUUUGUGAGGCCUGUGACCAUGGUGUCCACCAUGCCAACAAGCUAGCUUCUAAACACCAACGUUUCACCCUUCUCCAUCCUUGUUCUUCUUCUAAACAAGUCCCUCUUUGUGAUAUCUGUCAGGAGAAACGAGCUUUCUUGUUUUGUCAACAAGACAGGGCGAUCUUAUGUAGGGAUUGCGAUGUCCCUAUUCACUCAGCAAAUGAACAUUCACAAAGACAUAACAGGUUCCUUCUUACAGGUGUUAAACUUUCAUCAAGAUCAGCUACUUAUAAUACAACAUCAUCAUCAUCCGACGGUGGUGAUUCAGUCCCUGAAUUCAAAGUUAACAACCCCAUCUCCUCCAUUUCGCCACCAAAUUUCAAUCCAUCAUCAAAUGAAGUUGAUGGUUCAACAAGUAGUAUAUCUGAGUACUUAAUUGAGAUGCUCCCUGGUUGGCAUGUUGAAGAUUUACUUGAUUCAUCUCCAUCUCUAUCUACCUUUGGUUUCUGUAAGAAUGAUGAUGGGAUGUUGCCAUUUUUUGAUCCUGCACAAUCUCUUUAUCAUCUUCCUCAAAUGGAAGGACCAAUUGGGUUCAACGAAACAACCAUGAAAGUGCCAACAGGACAAUCAAAGGAACAAUCAAUCAAAAGCCCUUUUGGUCGGGAGAGACGUAUCUUUGUAAGAGGGUACAACAAAAGAAGAGGAAAGGUGACCAUGAUUGUGAUCAAGAUAAAGAAAGGACGGGUAUACAAAAAGGGAUGGUCUGGAUUUUUGUCUUGAACUAAAUUGAAGGGUCAUGGCGGGCACAAGCAUACCCCCUAAAGACUAAAAAAAUGGAUUAGAAGUCGCUGCAUUUACUUUAAAAAAUUGAGUAAAUUAAUCUUUAUAUAUUAUAUUAAAGAGUAAAUUAUUCAUUUUUGUUAGAAAUUUCAUCUAUUUCUACAGUUAAGAA